CUGCCGGACAUGGCGGCGCGGCGGGGCGGUCGGGCCCGGGCCCGGACUCCUCCGGGCAGGAAGGAAAAGACUUUUGGACAGUCCUCUUCAACAAUUGUAGAAGAGCCUGAGCCUGAGCCUGUUCCAUAUGUUCUGAAAGGAAAGGACAUCCAGGCACUUGAAAUUAAGGUGGAGGACCUGGAGAAACUUCAUGCUCCACGCCUUGCCCGUGAUGCUGGGAGAAUUCUAGUUCAGAAGAAGUACCUUGUCCAAAAACACCGACCCAAGGAGGUGGCACAUCUCGUAGCACAUCCUCUUCCCCCCAGGGCACCUAGGGCACCACUGACUUUUCCUGGAUCAAGACAGUUUGAUGAUGGCUGUGAAGAGAUCCUCCCUCAUCAUAUUUUGGGAAGUCUCCAGGAGUUUAGGAUGGAAGCCUUGGCCAGAAGAAACACUCAGCUAGCAGAUGCUAUUAAGGUGCCUCAUCCAGAUGUUACUGCAGCAGCUUUAGAAGAGGAACAUGGAGGAGAGAAGAAAGAAAAGGCACGUCAGGCCCACCUAGUAGAGCACAAAGCUUUCCAGAACUGGAGGCAUCAUAUGGCAAUGAGGAAAAAGCAGGAGAAACACCUAGGAGGAAUUCUUCACAGGCCAGAGAAUGAAUUGCUGAUGAACAUGUCAGACAAUUACAGGCAAAUCCAGGAAGAACGUGACCUCAUUGACCGGAGUCUCCCUGCCCUAUUUCCUGGAAAGGGAUACCGAGUGGGAAGUGAGUUCUGGAGCCUUCCUGAGCAAAUUGGGGAUGAACUCACCGGGCUGACUGUGACCCUGACCCGGACAGAGUGUGGGCACCCAGAACCACUCACGCAUGUGGGAAAACCCCGAACUGUCCAGAGGGAAACAGGUCUGAAGCCUCCGAAGAGGAUUCCUUGCCACCUAAACUGGGAUAAGAGUCUUUUCCUGAAACAUCGACAGCAGGAGCUAAAAUCUCUCCUAGAGGAGCUGGGCUUCCAUAAGCCGGAUCUGGAAGGACUGGAGGUGAUUGGGAAAGGGCAGCCUUUCACAUCUGUCUCAGCUGAGGCUUUUCUACAUACCACCAUUUCUGAAGAAAUUGAAACCCUCAGUGACCCCGUAGGUGGCUUCUUCACUGCAGUUCCAGAAGCUGAAAGAGUUCCAUCUUUAAUUUUCUGUGGCCAGCCUGCUCGUUGGAUCAAGGGCAUCACUGCUUGCAGGAAGGAAAUUGGUAUUGCUGCUCGGCUCACCUUUGAGACUCUGGCUAGUGAGAAGGCUGAAAGCUUCCUGACAGUGAUCAAUGAUGGCAGAGCUGCCAUUUGGUACAACUGGAUGAGGCUUCCUCAGCAGAUCCCCUCCAGAGAAGUCAAGGGGAGGAGAGUGCCCUGUUUUUACUUUGAUACCAGACCAGGUGUAAUUUUGCCUGGAGAAAGUCGGAGGUUUUCUUUUAUUUUCAAGUCAGAGAGAGCAGGCAUUUUUAGUGAGCCCUGGGAAUUUAGGACACAUCCUCUGUUAUUAGGAGGAGCUCUGCUUCAGGUGACCCUUUGGGGAAUUGCUGUGUAUGAGGAUAAAUUUGCUGACUUCAGAGAGAAAUUGGAGAGUGAGCUGGCUGCUCGAGAAGGUGCUUCUAUAGUGAAAGACAUCCUGAAUGAACUUCUUGACCAAGUUCGGACGCCUGAGCGCACCCCAUCUCCCGUGGAUGCCUAUGUCACAGAGGAAGAGCUGUUCCACAGGAAAAAUCCCCAGUUGCAUUACCAGCAUCAAGUGGUAAAACAGCUGCAUAAACUAUGGAGACUGCACCUGCCUGUGCCUUCAGUCUUGGAGGAGGAAGAGUCCUUGGACCAGAGGAGCACUGCAGGGGACAUGGAGUACCAAGACAGCACCUUGGAGACUCCCUCUGCCUGGAGCAGCACCACUGAGCUCCCAUGUGGGAAGUACACAUUAGAGGAGGCUCCAAGGGAAAGGAGCACUGAGAAGGAAGAAGCAGGUCCUUCAGGAUGGAACCUUUCCCUCGAGGACCUUAAACAGGCUAUAAUGUCAAUCUCUGGGGAAGAACAGCAGGAAGAAGCACUGACCCAACUCAAUAAGGCAGCUCUGGAGCUGUGUGUUGAACAGAGGCCAACUCAGUCAGACCUGCUGUAUCCAGUCUGCCUCCAGCUGUGGCGUAGAGCAAUUGAUGACUUGGUGAGUUGCUCUCUGAGGCUGAGAUCCGUGCUUGGUUUGACUAAGGAGGACACCUAUGUAGAAGCUGUUCCAGAGGAAACAGAGGAAGUAAAGCAAGGAGGAACAAAAAAAGGAGGAAAGGAAGACAAAAUAGCUAGUAAGAAAGAAGAGAAAAUGGAUAAAGAAGGCAAAAAAAGUAGAGGGACAUCAGGGAAAGCGGUAGGUGACAUGAAAGGGAGAGCAGAGUCCAUGAAAGGAAGAGAUGACAAGAAGGUGAAAGAGGAAACUGCAACUACAGAUGGGGCAGAACCUGUUCAGGAGCAGGUGGACUCUAUUUUACUUGAAGCAUACCAGGAAAAGCUCUACAUUGAAGUUUACAGGCUGCUAGAUUCAAUGGUGAGUGAAAUGGUGUCUUUAUUUGAGGAUCUGAAGCAGUAACUUGCUCUGAAGUGGGAGUGAAGCCCUUUGUAUGUAGAAAUAGACUUGCUUUUAAAAAAAUAAAAUAAAUAACCAUAUUUACACAGA